AUGGAACAACCGAGUAGUAACGACAUCUCUCAAGAACAAGCUCGUGAAUCUCUCAUCGCAAUCUCUUACACUUCGCCGGAGGAAGAAGAGUAUCAACCGUCCUCAGAUGUGAAACCUGUCGUCAGCACCACAAACGGAGUCACCAACAGAAGCAGCUCAGAGGCAGAGAAGCUCAGGUCUGAGCUCAUUUCAAUCUCCUACGACGAGUCAUCUUCACCGUCACCGUCACCGGAUGUAGUAGCUGCUGUUUCUCCGACACAGUCCAACGGUUUCUGUCGUGGAUAG